AUGCGUUAUAUUCGUACUGAGCGCGCCGAUUCUGUGGUGGACUCGACGCCGGCGGACAACAAGACAAUAAUUGUAAUCACUCCAACGAAGCAACGACCGGAAAGGUUGGCUGAUCUUACAAUGUAAGUAAAAAGAAGAUAUAUAGUUGAGCAGGUGCAUAAACCACUCUGCAUUUAAGGAUCGGGCCUUUUUCAGGCUAGCCCAGACCUUAAAGCAAGUGGGAAAUCUUUAUUGGGUGGUGGUAGAGGACGCUGACAAAACGGCCGACCUGGUCAGCGAUUUGUUGGCUCGAACUGGGAUCAAUCACACAUAUUUGGCCACAACCAACCAUGGACUGCCCUGUAAGUCGGGGUUUUGGGAUUUUUCGGGCUUUACGAGUGUUGCACGUGACGCUGCGGUUUUCAACUACAGAAUCAGGCCAAAAUUGAAUAAUUUGAGGGAUUAUUUGGUUCAGCAAACAACCUAAUCCUUGUUCUGGCGCUGUGAAGCUUCGGGAAUGCCUCGUGGCAGGUUGCAAGCAGUUUGUAAACAAAAAGCCGCAAAAUCUAAAAAACAAAUCAACUGAAUUCGCAGAAAACUCAGGGGUAUUUUAUAAAUCACCCCUUCAAAAAAAAUCAUUUUUCAGGCCGAGGCUGGGCCCAACGCAACUUGGCCCUCGAUUAUCUCCGCCAGAACAAAGACAAAUUCAAUGAAAAAGACGUCAUCUACUUUGCCGAUGAUGACAAUGGCUACGAUCUCCGACUAUUCGACCAAUACAUUCGAAAAGUCGACGUGAUGGGAGUGUGGGCUGUGGGAAUCCCGGGAAAUGCGUUGGUCGAGGCGCCCAAAGUCGAGAACGGAAAGGUUGUCGGCUGGCAUUCCGCCUACCUGCCGGACAGAGAAUUCGCAACCGACAUGGCCGGAUUUGCACUCAAUUUCGGUUUGGUUGUGAGUACGAAGUAAGCUGGGAGUGGUGUACCGAUUUUUGGUUAGAAACGCAAUGCUUAGCGAGUUAUUUUUGUAGAAAGUUUGCCGCAAAUUUAAUGGAUUUUUUAAAAGUUGGACGCGAGUGUUGAAACAGUCGCAUUUUAGUCCCUGAAAAAAUAUAUUGAUGCAAAAGGAAUCGCGGAUUUUUUUAAUUUAUUUGUAUUUUUUUAUAGGAUAGCUCAAUUCAAAAAUGGAAAAAGGUUUUACCAAAAAAUAAAAUUCAAGAUUUUGAUGUCUUUUUUUCACGAAAGCCUUAAAAAUGUUGUUACUAAUCGAAAGCAAAAAGAAUUUUUUAUUUUGGACUUAUUAAAAAAAAGAUAUGACACAAUUUGUAAAAUUUGCUGAAAUUUGAAUUUUUGGGAUAGCGUUUUAACGCUUUACCAAAAAUGGGUUUUUUUUGUUUUUUGAUAGAAUAUAAUGUAUUUUAUCAAAAUAUUUUCAAAAAUGGAUAAAACCGCAAAAAAUAUGUAAAAAAAUUGGUUUAAAAUAUACAAACAUGUUUAGGUUACUUUCAUGGUAACUUAUGGUAACGUUUGAUAACUUUUAUAAGAAUAGCAUAUAUACUGAAAAAAUCCUCUUAAAACUUACUACUAUACAGGGUGUUUCAAGAAAUUCCCCGGAAAGCAAUCGUCGAUUUCUCGGCGCUCAGCCACGAUAUCCAAAAAAUUUUUUUUGCAGUAGAAAGAAGGUUAUGGGCGGUUUUUUGCCUAAAAAGAUUUUUUUUCUUCGCCGACGCGGAAUGCAGUGUAUUCGGCGAAGACUUUUGACCGCUUUUUUGACCAUCACACUUAUCUAAAACGCUUUACUGUGACACUGCAGCAUCCGGAAAAUCUUCAGAUUUUUUGCACAAUGGAUCAGGAGGCAGGGUAUAACGCUAUGCGAUCCCAUUUAGCGACUGCACAGUGCAAUGCAGUCGCUGCAAUAUCGAUAAAGUCGAGCCCACCGCGCGAAUGUUUGAAACAGCAGGGCAAAGAGAAAUUUAAACAAAAAUUUUUUUGUUGUUUUCUGGUGCACAAAGUGGUUCCGUGAUGGCUAGACAUAUGCCAAGGCUUGACCACAAAAUUUUGGAGGGUAUACGAUACCCGCAGAAAAUAGUUGCCAGACAAUAAAAAUUGUGUUGGACCAUUUCUGGUCCGUAUCUGAGUUAAGAUAUGGCGAGCGGCUGCCAUACCUUUGCCGAACGCUUGAUAAGCACAAAAAUCAGUAAAUUAUCCGCAUUUCAGCCAUCAGAAACCACAAAAAAGCGUUUAAGAUGUAUGUGAUGACCAAAAAAGCGAUCUAAAGUCUUCGCCGAAUACACUGCAUUCCGCGUCGGCGUAGAAAAAAAUCUUUUUAGGCAAAAACCGCCCAUAACCUUCUUUCUACUGCAAAAAAAAUUUUUUGGAUAUCGUGGCUGAGCGCCGAGAAAUCGACGAUUGCUUUCCGGGGAAUUUCUUGAAACACCCUGUAUACCGUUUUCCAUUUUUGAAUUGAGCUAUUCUAUAAAAAAUACAAAUAAAUUAAAAAAACCGCAAUUCCUUUUGCAUCAACCUAUUCAAUCCCUGUUUCCAAGGGAGUUCGCGAAAUGCGGAGGGCGAUUAGCUCGGAAAAAACCGUUAAACAAUAAAAAAUUGCACCAGUGACUUUGCGAACAAACUAGUAGUCAUCAAAAAUAUAACUUUUACAAUAUUUUACUGCCUUUUCAGUGCCUCCUGGUCCCUCAAAUGCGCUGGCAAUUUUCCGGAGCAGUGUUUCCUCAAACAGCUGAACCUCAGCCGCUCCGACCUGGAGCCCUUCGGCUGGGAGUCGGACAAGAAGCCCAUCCUUGUUUGGCAUCGACAAACAGCGCCGGCACCCGACCAGCCCUUCGACUUGAUGGGCUACAUGGCCGAGUAUCGGCUGCCGCAGGACGAGAUUUGCAAAAAGUUCCAACAAAUCCACUUAAUGACGUAUGAACAAGCGGAAGCUAUCGCAAAAGAGUACGGUCCUGUCGAGUCGGAGAGCAAGAAUGAAGUAAAGUCGUAA